AGCAACCAUCGAUUCGACCGAUCGAUCCAUCCAUCCUAGCUUAGCUUUAGCGAGUGUGGUAGCAAAGAGGUUUGAGCUAGUGUGGUACUUUGCGAUGGCUUCCGGCAGUGCCCUGCUCCUCCUCGCCUCGGCCUUCUGCUUCCUCGCCCGGCUAGCCGCCGGCGACUACGGCUCCUGGCAGAGCGCCCACGCCACGUUCUACGGCGGCGGCGAUGCGUCCGGCACGAUGGGCGGGGCGUGUGGGUACGGGAACCUGUACAGCACCGGGUACGGCACCAACACGGCGGCGCUGAGCACGGUGCUGUUCAACGACGGCGCGGCGUGCGGGUCGUGCUACGAGCUGCGGUGCGACAACGACGGGCAGUGGUGCCUGCCGGGCAGCGUCACCGUCACCGCCACCAACCUCUGCCCGCCCAACUACGCGCUCCCCAACGACGACGGCGGCUGGUGCAACCCGCCGCGCCCCCACUUCGACAUGGCCGAGCCCGCCUUCCUCCAGAUCGGCGUGUACCGCGCCGGCAUCGUGCCCGUCGCCUACCGAAGGGUGCCGUGCGUGAAGAAGGGAGGGAUCAGGUUCACCAUCAACGGCCACUCCUACUUCAACCUGGUGCUGGUGACCAACGUGGCCGGCCCCGGCGACGUGCAGUCCGUGUCCAUCAAGGGCUCCAGCAGCGGGUGGCAGCCCAUGUCUCGCAACUGGGGCCAGAACUGGCAGAGCAACUCCUACCUCGACGGCCAGAGCCUCUCCUUCCAGGUCGCCGUCAGCGACGGCCGCACCGUCACCAGCAACAACGUCGUGCCGGCGGGCUGGCAGUUCGGCCAGACCUUCGAAGGCGGCCAGUUCUGAGCUCUCGACCAAUCCCGUUUUUUCAGUUCACUGUCUGGAGAAAUGUCAGUGUGGCAGUUUCGUUGAUUCAGAGUUUGAGAUUGAGGAGGAGGAGGAGGAGGCCUCUUUGCUAUAGUAAAAGAGAAGAGGCUUUGGCUAUUCUGAGGCUGCUUAUUAGCACCCGCUUAGGCCCUUGCUUUCUCCCAUAGGUCACUAGUGAUAAAAUAAGUCAUGGAGUUGAGCAUUUUUUUUUCAUGCAUUGUUGUAGCCUUGAUUUGAAAAAAUCAGCAAGGCAAUUUAAGGAUUAUAUUGUAGAAUAGCAGUGAGGUGGUGUCUUGUAACUUUUGUUGUUACAUUGUAACCCCCAAAUGAGGCCACAUGGGUCGGAGAAGUUUGUCGGGGAGCACACUUGUGCUUUGGGGACCAUGAACUAUGCUAGUUUAUGGGUCUAUGUAUAUGAUAUGUUUGUGAUUUGAUGAUGUUUCCUCUUGUCGCCUUAUCAACUA